AUUAUUGUUGAACAAGUCUAAUGUUGGACAAAAUGGCGGCCUCCAUGAGAAGACUUUGUGCUUAUAAUUUUUCUUAUUUUAUUCGGGGUAAUUUGACACGAUCCGUUGCGAGAAAAUCAGUCAAUCUUUGUACUGUUCUAAAUCAAAACAAUACACAAUGUGGAAAGGCAACAAAACUAUUGGCAGUAGCACCCAUCAGACAGUUGUCUUCACAGGAGGCUGACUUGGAUGACAGUAACAGUCCAGAUACUGUUGGGAAACAAGAGCUGACUGAAGCAGAUGUGGCUGCAGGAAUUGCUUACAUUCAGAGUGAAGAGUACGUUGAAAGAUAUGGUGACCGGCCAGUAUUUGCUGAUUAUAGAAGGAACCAUAAGGGCCGUGUCCCUCCCAAGAGGACACGAUUGACUUGUGUGAGGGGGAAUGGUGAGAAAAGGACAGUUGCUGGCAACCCUUGUCCAAUCUGUCGAGAUCAAAACCUUCUUGUUCACUACAAGAAUGUGAGACUUCUGAAGCAGUUUAUUUGCCCCCACUCAGGGUUGGUGUACUCUGAUGUCCGCACAGGUGUGUGUCAGAGGCAGUACAGGAAGCUCAACAAAGUUAUUGCCGAGGCGAGGGACUAUGGACUGAUUCCACUCACCGUGCCCUUUGUGAAAUAUGACUACAUGGAAUACUACGGGAAGAAGCAAGCUGGAGUGACCAGCACGUCGUGAUGUCCGAUGACACACAGUUUUUGUUUUUCAUUUUUACUGGGCUUUAACCUUGAGCCAAACUUUCCUGGGGUCUUGGAUAAUAUUUGAGAACCAGAUUUUGUCUUGAUUGGGGAAGAUAUGGACAAAGUGAAAUGUAGAACGUUCUGGACAUCAACUGAACAAUAUGAGCACUUAUUAUUAUCCACUAAUUUGUUUUUCACUUACGGAAGGUUGAUGGAGAAAUUUGAAAAAGAAGGGACAACUGCAGAUGUAUUUCUUAAAAGUUAUGGUUCACAUGGCUUAGUCAGAACCUUUUGGUCUGGGAACAAUAAAACUGGAGAUAAAGCUACAUUGUAGCAAGGGGAGGGGGCAAAGGGGGCCAUACCAGUGACGUCGCAAUAAAGGCAGGCACUGCGUUCACCACUAUAUUUUCCUCCAAAAGAUUUGGUUAAAGUGGUCAGAAAUUGCCUCAGAUAGCACCACAGAGCAUCUAGGAUCCAAAAAAAAAAAAAUUUUGACCCACUUUUUGGGGGGCCAGAAUUUUUCUUGACCCCCCAAAAAUUUGUGUUCUGGAUCCACCCUUGUAUUGUAGGUUUGAAAAAAUAACUACAUGUACAUGAAUCACUCACUUGGCAGAUAAGUUUGCCACACAGAGACUUUGUGAUUUAAAUUCACCCAUUUUUUUGCUAAGGCAUCGGAGGUCUAAUUAAAAGAACAGAGCUUAAACUGCUAACGUGCAUUU